AAAUAAUCAAGACUAAUUCAUCCCGAGUAUCAUUGAAUCGUUCCGGAAGAUGGUGGCUAAACAGAGGAUCCGCAUGGCCAACGAGAAACACAGCAAGAACAUCACGCAGAGAGGAAACGUGGCCAAGACGCUGCGACCACAAGAGGAGAAGUAUCCUGUGGGUCCCUGGCUGCUCGCCCUCUUUGUAUUUGUUGUGUGUGGAUCAGCCAUAUUUCAGAUCAUCCAGAGCAUCCGUAUGGGAAUGUGAUUUAUAAAGAGCAUCCGGACCCCCCCACACUCCCUCCCACAUGCCCCCACCUGCACACCCUCCGUCCCCCUCCAGAGGCCCAGAGACGGACACCCAAAGCGUUGGAUCCAGCAGACCUCGGCGAGAGAAGACCACCGCCCCCACCCGCUCCUUCCGGGGACAUCUUCCUGCCCUCGAUCAGCAUUUACAGUGUUGCAGUCUGUGGUACUGACAGCUUUUCUAUGGACAAUCUAAAACCACGGCGGCUGGAGAACAUGUGCGUCUCAUUCCUCACUUGGCACAUAUACAUAUAUAUGUGUGUGUGUAUGAAGUUUUGACUGUUGAUGUGAGAGUGCGUGCGACCAGUGAUUCCUGCUGACAAUGUGCCAUAUCUGUCGGUUCAAGUCCGUCUCUUCGUCUGUGUUAUGUGAGAAGAAUCUUUUUUCAAAUAAAUGUCAAAAAUUUA